UUUUAAUAAUUUUAAAAGAAUGUUGAAAAUCAAAAGCAUUCUCGGCUCUUCAACUUUUCUUGGUCGCUCCUUUUGUACCGAGAAAGUGCAUUUUAUCACAAAAAUAAGAAAUAUGCGAAGAGCAAAAUCGAGAGGAGGGCCAAUUAAAGAAGAAUUUGGAGAUGAGAUUGAUUUUAGCAAAAUUCGUUGUAGUCUUAAGUCCUUGAAUAGAUCGAAUAGAGAUCAAAACACGGCAACCCAAACUGACCCGAAUCAACCAAUUGAAUUCGAUUUUAAUCCGUUUGAUAAGGCUGAUAGAAAAUGUUUACUUUGUGAUUUGGGAAUUAAAUUGGACUACAAAAAUGCUCGUUUACUCCAACAAUUUAUUUCUUCAUUUAGUGGGCGUGUUUAUGAUCGACAUAUUACUGGGCUUUGUUCAAAGCAGCAUGAUGCGCUUAUUAAAACAAUUAGAAUGAGCAGAUAUGCCGGUUAUAUGCCACCACUUACGAAAGAACCAAAGUAUUUGAAAGACCCGAAACUUUUUGAUCCAUUAAAACCGAUUCGUCCACACUCUUAUGAUGGUUAA